AUGGCUGCUAGACUUCUUCUCCAAAACGGCACUGUGUUGCAGCAUGAUGCGCAAGACAAUGUCAUCGCACUUAAGGACACCGAUGUCUUGAUUGAAGAUGAUCGCAUCGUCAAGAUUGGACAGGACAUUGACCCGGAAAAUGCAUCAAUAAUCGACUGCGAUGGCAAGAUUAUCGCUCCUGGGUUCAUCAAUGCUCACCAUCAUGUUUGGCAGAGCCAAUUGAAGGGGAGACUUGGCGACUCUACAAUGCUGGACUACAUGCUUGAAGCAAAUUUCCAAAGCUUUAACUUUGAACCGGAAGAUUUCUUCUGGGGCCAACUAGCUGGAUGUCUUGAGGCGCUUGACGCUGGAACAACAUGCGUCGUAGACAAUGCACACGGCGCGUCCAGCCCUGAACACGGCACAGCUGCAUUGGGUGCGACCUUGGUAUCUGGGAUAAGGUCCAUAUUCUGCCAUGGUGUCAUGCCGUUACGCGCUGCAGAAUGGACAGAGUCCUCGUUUGAGCUUGAUCGUUCUCCUCAACCUGAUUGGCUGCUGCCUCAGAUGGAUUCCCUUGCUGCAAAGGCCCCGUUUGGAGAUGACAAGAGAGUGCAGUUGGGCUUCUUCUUUGACAGUCACUUCUUACCAGAGAAUGUAAUUGCUGAGACACUUAUGCAUGUGAAAGAGGCUGGAGUGAAGCUUAUUGUAAGCCACUACAGACACUGGCCAGUUUCAAAGGGACAAUCUCGAGUGCCGGAGCAAUUGCACGCCAGCGGUCUUCUUGGGCCUGAUAUCCUUCUUACUCACGGAAAUGGUACAACACCAGAACAAGCAUCUCUCCUCACUGAAGCCGGAACUUACAUCGUCUCAACUCCCGACGCUGAAAUCUUCAUGGCCUCAGGCGCAGACCCAGUAGCCUUUCGAGAAGAUCUCCCAUUGAUGUGUCUCGGAGCCGAUUGUCACUCCUGCGGACCAGUCAGCAUGAUGCAUCAGAUGCAGAUGGCACUAGCAAGUGAUCGAGGAAUGCAGAAUGUCAAGACUUUCGCUGAAGGUCACUAUCCCAAGAAGAUGCGGGCUACGGUGCAGAAAGCGUUCAAUCUGGCUACUAUUCAAGCAGCUCGGGCGAUUAACAUGGAUAAGGACAUUGGAUCUAUCGCAGUGGGGAAGUUGGCGGACUUGGUUAUCUUUGACACGACUUCUCCUUCUAUCUCCUGUGCAGCGGAACAUGACCCAUUGACUGCUAUUGUCCGCCAUGCGGGUGUCAGAGAAAUUGAGACUGUUAUAGUCGGCGGCAAGAUUCGCAAGCACAAUGGAAGCCUACAGAGCGUGCACUUGGCGGAAGGUCGAGAAGCUGGCUUCGAUCUCAAGCAUGAGGCACUUGACUUGAAGAAUGGAUUAUCGUGGAAAGACGUUGCAAAGGAGUUAUCGAGAAGUCGAAGUGAGAUUGAGGGUAGAAUCAAUAAGGUCAACAAAGAGCUGGCUAAGGAGAAGCUUAUUGGAAUGAUGGGCGGCUUAAAGGAUAUCUUGGUUGACUGA